AUGGAUGGCAACAACCCUUAUAACUCUCCUACAGUUCCACCACCACCACCUAUACAACUACCUAAAGUAGUAACAUCUUCAUCUGCACCAACAACUCCUUCAUCUUCAUCUUCAUCAACCCCGGUGGUUACAACCGGUGUUGUUGUCGGACGAUACCGUGGCACCCGUUGUAGGAGUGGGAAAUGGGUGUCUGAGAUACGCGAGCCGCGUAAAACAAAGCGCAUUUGGUUAGGGACAUACCCUAAAGCUGAAAUGGCAGCUGCUGCUUAUGAUGUUGCUGCUCUUGCUUUAAAAGGACCUGAUACGACUCUUAACUUUCCGGAUUCGGUGCUUUCUUAUCCUAUUCCGGCUUCUUUGUCUUCAACUGAUAUUCGUGCCGCGGCUGAAGCUGCUGCACAGGCGAAAGUCAUGAGAGUGAAACCACCUGAUCAACAAGAACAAGGAAAACAACAGCAUCAGCAAGAAAACGCUUCUAGUUUUGGUUUUGAGGGAAUACUACAACAACAACAACAAAACCCUUCUGGUUUUGGUUUUGAGGGGAGUUCUUCAGUUAGUAGUGGAAUGCAACAACAACAGCAGCAGCAACAAGGUUAUGAAUAUAUUGAUGAGGAUGAGUUGUUGAAUAUGCCGAAUUUGUUGGAUGAUAUGGCUAGAGGAAUGCAGGUUAGUCCACCAAGGAUGAUCUCGUUUUCAAAUUAUUCUUCGGAUGAUCAUUCACCGAGGAAUUCUGACGGAGGAGAUGAUAAUCUUUGGAGUUACACUUUUUGA